UGAGAAAACAAACAAGGUAAAAAAAAAUCUUGUGAAGAAAAUGGCGACAACGUUUUCCAACACGGGUUCAAGCUCCAACCUUUACCUCCAUCGCUGCCGUCAAAACCUUUCUCUUCCAUCUCCGUCGCUCUUUUCACCGUUCUGGUCGUCUCGGCUUCAUCCUCAGACCCUUUUCCUCGUCGCAACUCCCGACCGCGUACGACGCAUCGCCGUCGCUCCUCUCGGCCCUCCAACACCGCCUAGUCCUGACCCACCACCGCCUAAAAACACGACUGAGCUCACAAGUCUUGUGGGAGUAGCAUCGAUGAUUCAAGACCGUGUAAAGAUCUUUCUUUCAGUACUGAUUUGGAUCUCUCUCUUCUUCUGGGCUUCAGCAUUACAAGGAAGAGACAAAGGAAAUGGUAAAGGGAAGAAGGGUUCAAGAUUCAAAUAGUAUUAGUUAGGUUGUUGUGGUGAUGAUGAUGAUUGAUGAAAAGUCCUCUACACAUUUGUGUAUAUAUCCAGAGGAAACAUUCUUCCAAGUAAAGCAUAUUUCUUGUAACAUUACAGUUUUAUACUAGAAAUUAGAUCUUGAUCUUCUUCAGAGGAAAGGAAAGAUUUUGCCACGGUGACUCCUUUGUGAUAUCUCUAGGUUGGAGCUAUAGAUAUUACUCUACUGUGAUGAAACUAAAGCACUUUGCAUAAGUCAAAAUGCCAUAUCAAAUGCUCUUA